GUCUCAUCUUUUUAGGUUAAGGUGUUGUUUUGCUGCCUCAACUUCAUUGUUGGGACAAUUUGUCUGAGCUACGUUGAUUGGUCCUGAGGAGCAGUGAUGUCACCGCCUGGAUGUGCCCGGCCGGUGCAUCAGCUCGCGCAAGCUGAGGGCUAGAGAGGAAGAACUCCAGAUGGAGUUGGCGCGCGACGGGAGUAGAGCUGUGGCUCGUGCGACCGCGACACACUGGAAAGGCUGCCUUGCACUGCCUUGAUGAACUCGACCUGGUCCCGCACACAGCGCAGCAGCCCGUCAUGGGGGACGGUGGCGCGUCUUCGCCGGUGAAUUUGCUGAAUGGCUCGGGGAGCGAGGCGUCGGACGCACCUGGCUCCGCCACAGCCGCGUCCGAGCAGUGGAUGGCGGGGAUGAGCCUGGUGAUGGGUUUGAUCGUCCUGUCUAUUGUGUUCGGGAAUAUCCUGGUCAUUUUGGCCAUAGCCAAAACGCAGAGGCUGCAGACGCUCACCAAUGUGUUUAUUGUGUCGCUGGCGAGCGCGGACCUCAUCAUGGGGCUGCUGGUGGUGCCGUUUGGCGCCGCGCUCGAGGUGCGUGGCUCGUGGCAGUACGGCUCCUUUUUCUGCGAGUUUUGGAUCUCCGUGGAUGUCCUGUGCGUCACCGCCAGCAUCGAGACCCUGUGCGUUAUCGCCAUAGACAGGUACGUGGCCAUCACCUCCCCUUUCCGCUACCAAAGCUUGUUAACCAAAGCUCGGGCCAAAACGGUGGUGUGCGCAGUCUGGGCUAUCUCUGCGCUGGUCUCCUUCCUCCCCAUCCUGAUGCACUGGUCCCGUGACAGUGUGGACACAGCCUGCUACGAGGACCCUGAAUGUUGCGACUUUGUCACCAACAGGGCAUAUGCCAUCUCCUCAUCCAUCAUAUCUUUUUACAUUCCUCUACUGGUCAUGAUAUUUGUUUACGCCCGCGUUUAUAGAGAGGCGAAGAAGCAGCUGAGGAAGAUCGACAAGUGUGAGGGCAGGUUUCACAACACUUUAACCGGACUGACCUCCAAAUGCAAGAAGAGGCCGUCUAAAAUCCUGGCACUCAGGGAGCAGAAGGCGCUCAAAACGCUGGGCAUCAUCAUGGGGACGUUCACCCUGUGCUGGCUGCCCUUCUUCAUAGUCAACGUGGUGCGUGUGUUUUGCGCAGAGGUGGUGGACAAGGAGCUUUUCGUGUUCCUAAACUGGCUGGGGUAUGUGAACUCCGCGUUUAACCCCAUAAUUUACUGCCGGAGCCCGGACUUCAGGAAGGCUUUCAAGAGGCUGCUGUGCUGCCCGAGGCAAGCCGACCGCAGGCUGCACAUCAGCUCCUGCGACCUGUCCCGGUGCUCCGGUGGAUUCGUUACUGCUCUGGAGCCCGGCACAUUGGGGCUGUGGUCGGAUUGCGCCGGUUUGGACAACAGUGACAGCAGCUUGGCGGGGACCACAAAGCUGUCGCACUCUGAAUCACAGCUGUGAAGGAAAAAAAUAAACUUUUGUUGAGGUGGAUUACAACGAACUACCUGGGAUAGGAUGGUGACAAAAGCGGGCGUUGACUCCUUGAGCGUGGUUUUCCUUUUGGGAAAGGUAUGCGCAAGAACUGCACCUUAUAAUGGGUCUGUUUUGUAUGAGAAGUAAAACAUCAGACGAAAUCACCAGAAUUGUAUUUGAACGCCAUAGUUUUUGAAAGAGGCAUCAGGACCAAUGUUCUUUCCAAGAUGCGCGAUAGGACAGUUUAAUGACAAAGAGAUGAUCCAAUUUGCUAAAUAAUAUCACCCCUAAAAUAAAGAUAGGUGGAUCUGAUGAAUUAUUAUUUUUAAGAUUAUUUUUCGGGGCUUUUCCCUUUAUCAGAUAGUGACAGUGGAUAGACAUGAAAGGGGGAGAGAGAUAGGUGAUGACACGCAGCAAAGGGCAGCAGGUCGGAUUCGAACCCGAGCCGCUGCAAAGGACUCAGCCUAUAUGGGGGUUAGAGGCUGCCCCGGAUCUGAUGGAUUAUAAUGGGUGCUGCAUUUUGCCAUAAAACAGGAUUCAUUGAGAGCAUACGCACCUGUUGUUUAUUCCUGAUGUUUUUGUUUAUUUCUUAUUAUAUUGGAUCAGCAGUUCAGUGUUUUAUUGAGGAUGAUCAUCUAUAGGAGUGGGUAUCUUUAAGUUAACCCCAGGAUCGUGAUGGGUCACAAUGUAUUCUUAAAAUGACAAUGAUAAAAAUGAUAAACUGCUCAGGCGCACUGUAAUAAACUCGUUAUUUAAAAGCAUUGGUCGGAGUGACUGUACUGUAUAAAUGUCGUGCUCACAAUGUGUUUUUACCUCACAGCUAUCGGCAAGUGCAAUGCAGACAGGUAUUUGUUUAUAUUAAACAUUUAUGUAAAUAUGUAUUUAUUCCGCACUGUCUUUUACAUAUAGCCUAUGUGGGGCUGACUCCCACGCCAUUUGUACAUAGUGUGGUGUUUGAAGUGAGGAAUUUGAGCCUCUCUUUUUGUUUUUUUCUCAUUUAAGAUUUACCUGCAAUUGUAAGGUGGUGUGUUGACUCCUAUGAAAUAAAAGGACGUUUCGUUGAUAA